CGGCGCGCAGCGGAGGGAGUGGGCGUGGCCUGGCCGUGCGUGGGGACGUGUGUGCGUGCGCGCGCGGGGGGGGGCAGCACGCUGCGUUGCGCCGCGCCCGCGCGGGCCGCCUUGUUCUCGCGCUUCCCCCCCCUUGCCGGAGGGGCGGGGGAGGGGGCGCCGGGUGAGGCCACCGCGGGGCGGGGGGGGGACAGAGACACCCCCGCCCCCCCCAGCCGGCUCCGCUCCCGCCGCCUGAGCCCCCCGCGCCGGCCGCCCGCCGCGGCACCGGCCCCCUCCCCGCCAUGGCCGACCCCAUCAUGGACCUCUUCGACGACCCCAACCUCUUCGGGCUGGACGCGCUGACGGACGAGGGCUUCGCCCCGGCCCCCCACGACCCCAUCGAGGAGGCGCUGGGGCUGGCGGGGGCCCUGGAGGAGCCGCCGCCGCCGGAGCCGGAGCCGCCGCCGGAGCCGCCAAUGGCGCCCGAAUCCGCCCCCCCGGAGCCGCCGCCGCCGCCCCCGGAGCCGCCGGCGCCCGGUGCCGCCCCGCCAGACGCCGCGCCGGAGCAGGACGUGCUGAGCCAAGGGAACCCCUUCAUGGGGGUGUCCGCCGCGGCCCCCGCGCCCUCCUCCUCCUCCGCCGCCGCGGCUCUGCCGGCUCCCAAAAUCGUCAUCCUGAAAGCCCCGGCGGGGGGCUCGGCGCCCGGCGCCCACGUGGCGCAGCUCCAGGCGCCGGCCCAGCCGCUGGGGGCGGCCAACGGGGGCAAGGUGACCUUCGCCAAAGUGCUCACGGGCACCCCGCUCCGGCCCGGCGUCUCCAUCGUCUCCGGCAACGCCGUGCUCGCCGGCAAAGUGACGCCGGCCGGGCCGGGCGCCGCUGCCGUCCACCGCCUGGUGCAGCCGGGACGGCCUGUGAAGCAGCUGGUGCUGCAGCCCGUGAAGCCGCCGGGCGCCGGGGCGCCCCUGAAGCCCGCCGUCACCCUCACGUCGGCUCCCGCCCAGGGCGAAUCCAAGCGCAUCACCCUGGUGCUGCAGCAGCCGCCGGGCGCCAACGCGGCCACCGGGCAGCGGCACGUGGUGCUGGGCAGCCUGCCGGGCAAGAUCGUCCUGCAGGGCAACCAGCUGGCCGCUCUCGGCCAAGGCAAGGGCACGCCGGGCCAGCCGGCCAAGGUGGUCACCAUCCAGCUCCAGGUGCAGCAGCAGCCGCCGUCGGCGGCACCGGGCGCCCAGCCCGGCGCCAACCCCCAGAAGAUCCAGCUGCUCCAGCAGCCUCCGGCCGCAGGGCAGCCGGCGCCCGUGGCCGUCUCCUCCGUGCCCCCGGCGCAGGUGGUGGGUGGCGCGGGCCAGCGGCUGACGGUGCCGCUCAAGGUGGUGCUGCAGCCCCAGGCCGGCUCGUCUCAAGGCAGCUCGCCGGGGCUGUCGGUGGUGAAGGUGCUCAGCAGCGGCGAGGUGGCGGCGCUGUCGGGCCCCGGCUCGCGGGGCGCCUCGGAGGAGAGUCGCAAGCUGGAGCACCAGAAGAAGCAGGAGAAAGCCAACCGCAUCGUGGCCGAGGCCAUCGCCCGGGCCCGGGCCCGGGGCGAGCAGAACAUCCCCCGCGUCCUCAACGAGGACGAGCUGCCCAGCGUGCGGCCCGAGGAGGAAGGCGAGCGCAAGCGCCGGCGCAAAGGGCCUGCCGAGCGCAGCGGCCCCAAGGAGGAGCGGCCCCGCAAGGGCAAGGGCCAGGGCGGCGCCGGCAAGAGCAAGGGCCGCGGCAAGCCCAGCACCAUCACCCCCGUGGUGGGGAAGAAGCGGAAGCGCAACGCCUCGUCCGACAACUCGGACGCCGAGGUGAUGCCGGCCCCGUCGCCGCGGGAGGAGGAGGAGAGCAGCGUGCAGAAACGGCGCUCAAACCGCCAGGUGAAGCGCAAGAAGUACACCGAGGACCUGGACAUCAAAAUCACCGACGACGAGGAAGACGAAGAGCUGGACGUGACCGGGCCGGUGCGGCCUGAGCAGCCGCCGGCCCCGCAGCCCCCCAUGCCCGAGCCCGAGCCCGAGGGCGAGACCUUGCCCUCCAUGCAGUUCUUCGUGGAAAACCCCAGCGAGGAGGAUGCUGCCAUCGUGGACAAGGUCCUCUCCAUGCGGGUGGUGAAGAAGGAGCUCCCGUCGGGGCAGUUCACGGAAUCGGAGGAGUUCUUCGUCAAGUACAAGAACUACUCCUACCUGCACUGCGAGUGGGCCACCAUCGACCAGCUGGAGAAGGACAAGAGGAUCCACCAGAAACUGAAGCGCUUCAAGACCAAGAUGACGCAGAUGCGGCACUUCUUCCAUGAGGACGAGGAGCCCUUCAACCCGGACUACGUGGAGGUGGACCGCAUCCUGGAUGAAUCCCACAGCGUAGACAAGGACAACGGGGAGCCGGUGGUCUACUACCUGGUGAAGUGGUGCUCUCUGCCCUACGAGGACAGCACCUGGGAGCUCAAGGAGGACGUGGACGAGGGCAAGAUUGGGGAGUUCAAGCGGAUCCAGGCGCGGCACCCGGAGCUCAAGCGCGUGGCCCGGCCCCAGGCGGGCUCCUGGAAGAAGCUCGAGCUGUCCCACGAGUACAAGAACCACAACCAGCUCCGCGAGUACCAGCUCGAGGGCGUCAACUGGCUGCUCUUCAACUGGUACAACAGGCAGAACUGCAUCCUGGCCGACGAGAUGGGCCUGGGCAAAACCAUCCAGUCCAUCGCCUUCCUGCAGGAGGUGUACAACGUGGGCAUCCGGGGCCCCUUCCUCGUCAUUGCGCCGCUCUCCACCAUCACCAACUGGGAGCGGGAGUUCAACACGUGGACGGAGAUGAACAGCAUCGUCUACCACGGCAGCCUGGCCUCACGGCAGAUGAUCCAGCAGUACGAGAUGUACUGCAAGGACUCCCGGGGCCGCCUCAUCCCCGGGGCCUACAAGUUUGAUGCGCUCAUCACCACCUUCGAGAUGAUCCUGUCGGACUGCCCAGAGCUGCGGGAGAUCGAGUGGCGCUGCGUCAUCAUCGACGAAGCCCACCGGCUCAAGAACCGCAACUGCAAGCUGCUCGAUAGCCUCAAGCACAUGGACCUGGAGCACAAGGUCCUCUUGACGGGCACCCCCCUGCAAAACACGGUGGAGGAGCUCUUCAGCCUCCUGCACUUUCUGGAGCCUUCUCAGUUCCCUUCCGAAGCUGAGUUCCUCAAGGACUUUGGAGACCUCAAGACGGAGGAGCAGGUGCAGAAGCUGCAGGCCAUCCUCAAGCCCAUGAUGCUCCGGCGGUUGAAGGAGGACGUGGAAAAGAACCUCGCUCCCAAGCAGGAGACCAUCAUUGAGGUGGAACUGACAAACAUCCAGAAGAAAUACUAUCGGGCCAUCCUGGAGAAAAACUUCUCCUUCCUGUCCAAGGGUGCUGGCCACACCAACAUGCCCAACCUGCUCAACACCAUGAUGGAGCUGCGGAAAUGUUGUAACCACCCCUACCUCAUCAACGGCGCGGAGGAGAAGAUCCUGGCCGAGUUUCGGGAAUCGUGCCACCACCACGUGCCCCACGACUUCCACCUCCAGGCCAUGGUGCGCUCGGCCGGCAAGCUGGUGCUCAUCGACAAGCUGCUGCCCAAGCUCAAGGCCGGCGGCCACAAGGUGCUGAUCUUCUCCCAGAUGGUGCGGUGCCUCGACAUCUUGGAGGACUACCUCAUCCAGAAGAGGUACCUGUACGAGCGGAUCGACGGGCGGGUGCGCGGCAACCUGCGGCAGGCCGCCAUCGACCGCUUCAGCAAGCCCGACUCGGACCGCUUCGUGUUCCUGCUGUGCACCCGGGCGGGUGGGCUGGGCAUCAACCUCACCGCCGCCGACACCUGCAUCAUCUUCGACUCCGACUGGAACCCCCAGAACGACCUCCAGGCCCAGGCACGGUGCCACCGCAUCGGGCAGAGCAAGGCGGUGAAGGUCUACCGCCUCAUCACACGCAACUCAUAUGAGCGGGAGAUGUUCGACAAGGCCAGCCUCAAGCUGGGCCUCGACAAGGCCGUGCUGCAGUCCAUGAGCGGCCGCGAGGGCAACAUCGCCGGGAUCCAGCAGUUCUCCAAGAAGGAGAUCGAAGACCUGCUGCGCAAGGGGGCCUAUGCUGCCAUCAUGGAGGAGGAUGACGAGGGCUCCAAGUUUUGCGAGGAGGACAUAGACCAGAUCCUGCUACGCCGCACCACCACCAUCACCAUCGAGAGUGAGGGGAAGGGCUCCACCUUUGCCAAGGCGAGCUUUGUGGCCUCCGAGAACCGCACCGACAUCGCCUUGGACGACCCCAACUUCUGGCAGAAGUGGGCCAAGAAAGCCGACCUGGACCUGGACCUGCUCAACAGCAAGAACAACCUGGUGAUCGACACACCCCGGGUGCGCAAGCAGACGCGGCACUUCAGCACCCUGCGCGACGAUGACCUGGUGGAGUUCUCCGACCUGGAGAGCGAAGACGAGGAGAGGCCCCGCUCCCGGCGCCACGACCGCCACCACCAUGCCUUGCACCACGCCUACGGCCGCACCGACUGCUUCCGUGUCGAGAAGCACCUCCUGGUCUAUGGCUGGGGACGGUGGCGGGAGAUCCUGUCGCACGGGCGGUUCAAGCGGCGCCUCUCGGAGCGGGACGUGGAGACCAUCUGCCGGGCCAUCCUGGUCUACUGCCUGCUGCACUACCGGGGCGACGAGAACAUCAAGGGCUUCAUCUGGGACCUCAUCAGCCCUGCAGAGAACGGCAAGGCCAAGGAGCUGCAAAACCACUCGGGCCUUUCCAUCCCGGUGCCCCGGGGCCGCAAGGGCAAGAAGGUGAAAUCGCAGAGCACCUUCGAUGUCCACAAGGCCGAGUGGAUCCGCAAGUACAACCCCGACACCCUCUUCCAGGACGAGAGCUACAAGAAGCAUCUCAAGCAUCAGUGCAACAAGGUGCUGCUCCGGGUGCGCAUGCUGUACUACCUGCGUCAGGAGGUGAUCGGCGACCAGGCCGAGAAGGUGUUGGCGGGGGCGGUGGCCAGCGACAUCGACAUAUGGUUCCCGCUGGUGGAGCAGCUCGAGGUGCCGACCGCCUGGUGGGACGCCGAAGCCGACAAGUCCUUGCUCAUCGGUGUCUUCAAACACGGCUACGAGAAGUACAACACCAUGCGUGCCGACCCCGCGCUCUGCUUCCUGGAGAAAGCCGGCCGGCCCGACGAGAAGGCCAUCGCUGCUGAGCAGCGCCUGGACGUUGCCGAGGGCGUGGAUUUCGACAAGGACUGCGAGGACCCUGAGUACAAGCCACUCCCAGGGACAGCCAAGGAGCCGGACGACGAGACCGACCCGCUGAUGCUGCUGGACGAGGAGAUCUCGGUGGUGGACGGGGACGAAGGCCAGCCGGCCCAGCCGGGGCAGCUCUUCUGGCCACCGGGCUCGGCGCUGACGGCUCGCCUCCGGCGCCUCAUCACCGCCUACCAGCGCAGCUACAAGCAGGAGCAGCUGAAGAUGGAGGCGGCUGAGCGGGGCGACCGCCGGCGCCGGCGCUGCGAGGCCGCUUGCAAGCUCAAGGAGAUGGCGCGCCGCGAGAAGCAGCAGAGAUGGACCCGGCGGGAGCAGUCCGACUUCUAUCGGGUGGUGUCGAGCUUCGGCGUGGAGUACGACCCCGAUGCCCGGCGCUUCCGCUGGGGCCGCUUCCGCGCCCUGGCCCGCCUCGACCGCAAGACGGACGAGAGCCUCACCAAGUACUUCCACGGCUUCGUGGCCAUGUGCCGGCAGGUCUGCCGCUUGCCGCCGGCCGCCGGCGACGAGCCGCCGGACCCCGCGGUGUUCAUCGAGCCCGUCUCGGAGGAGCGGGCCUCGCGCACCCUCUACCGCGUGGACCUGCUGCGGCGCCUGCGGGAGCAGGUGCUGUGCCACCCGCUGCUGCCCGAGCGGCUCGCCCUCUGCCAGCCCCCCGGCCCCGAGCUGCCCGCCUGGUGGGAGUGCGGCCGCCACGACGGCGAGCUGCUCCGCGGCGCCGCCCGCCAUGGCCUGGGCCAGGCCGAGGCCGCCAUCAUGAACGACCCCGACUUCUCCUUCCUCGCCGCCCGCUUUGGCUUCUGUCAGGGGCGAGCGGGGACGCCGCAGCCCCCCGCCGCCCCGCCGCCGCUGCCCCCGCCGCCGCCGCUGCCCCCCAAGCCCGACUCGGCCGAAGACUCUGACUCGGAGCUGGACCUCGGCAAGCUCUCGGCCUCCACCUCCGAGUCGUCCUCCUGCUCCGAGGACAGCGAUGAUGACCGGGGGCCGGACCCGGCCGGCGGGACGAAGCUCUUCGAGGAAGAGGAGUCGCUGCUGUCGCUGCCCACCUCCCGGGAGGGCGACUCGCCGCAGCCCCUGGCCCCGGGACUGCCGCUGGAGCAGCCGCACCUCCGCGAGUGGCCCAAGGACCGGGCUCUCAUCCACCGCAUCGACCUGGUGUGCCAGGCCGUGCUGUCGGGCAAGUGGCCGGCGGCCCAGCGCGGCCCCGAGCCCGGCGGGGGCCAGGCGGACGGCGGGCCCCGGCUGCCCGGCGCCUACGCCGCCCCCCAGGAGGAACCGCCGGCCCCGUACACCCGCCUGCGGCACGGCCCCGAGGAGAAGGAGUUCACGGUGCAGAUCAAGGACGAGGAAGGCAUCAAGCUGACGUUCCAGAAACACCGGCUGGUGCCCAACGGUGCCCUGCGGGACCGCUGCCAGCACCUCCACCCGCCCGGCCACAAGAAGAACAGCAAGAAGCUGGUGGAGCUGGAGCUGCAGUGCCUGGAGGGGCUGCGGGGCCCCGACAUCGACCUGGAGGCCCGCAUCCCUGUGGUGCACAAGGGCGACGGCACGCUGCUGGUGGGCGACGCCGCCCCCCGCCGCGCCGACCUGGAGAGCUGGCUGCAGGCGCACCCCGACUUUGCCGUGGACCCCCGCUUCCUGGCGUACAUGGAGGACCGCCGAAAGCAGCACAAGUGGCACCGCUGCAAAAAAACAGGCCCUGUGGAGACUAGCUGCCUGCCUGGGCUGGAGCGAGGGACGGUGCCGGGCGAAACCAACAGCAAGAAGGGCUUCCUGCCAGACCCUGUGAUGAGCCGGCUGCUGCCAGAGGGCAGCCCCAAGCCGCGGGGCCGCCGGGCUGGCGUGGACCUCUCCAAGAUGGUGUCGCUGAUGGGGCCGGCGGGGCCGGGCUUGCUGGGGGGGCUGCACGGCCCCUUCGCCCCCGGCCCGGCCCCCGGCUCCUACGCCGCCGUGGCCGCCGCCUCGUCCUCGGCCGCCCUGCUGCACCCCGGCGCCUUCGCCCUGGCCCCCCGCCGCGACGAGGAGGAGGAGGACGACGACGACGACGAGAUGGACGACUUGUCUCAGGGCUACGCCAGCUCCGAGCGGGACUUCUCCCUGCUCGACGACCCCAUGAUGCCGGCCAACUCGGACUCCAGCGACGGGGCCAACGAGGCCGAGUGAGCGCGCGCGCGCGUCCCCCCCCACCCCCGAGAACCGAGACUGUCUCCUCUCGCCCCGUCUCCCCCCCGCGCCCCGGGCGCUAUAUUUAUAUAAAUAUGUAAAAAUG